GUGGAACGUGAAAGUGUAGAGUUUGAUCCAAAAAGUGGUUCAGAUUGGUAACGUUAAUCUUACUUUUUCUACCUGGUUUAUUAACGUCUGAUCAGAAAUAGCAGCCAUGGACGGCACGGCAACCACUCCUAGCGAUUCAUCGCCCAGCCAGCCUGGCUUCAUAGUGAGAUUCUUCAGAGGGAUUGGCAUGGUUUUAUUUCAUAUUCCAUUCCAGAGAUACCAAGUUCUUCUGGACAAGUCAGUACCGAAGCCAGUACUCAGAUGGGUCAUCUCAGCCGUCUUGUUAAUCAUUUAUGUACUCAGAGUAUUUCUUCUUCAGGGUUGGUACAUUGUGACGUAUGCGCUUGGGAUAUACCAUCUGAAUCUCUUCAUUGCCUUCCUGUCACCAAAGAUUGAUCCUGCUCUAACCGAUGAUGGAGUGGAGGAUGGUCCUUCAUUGCCAACAAAAUCCAACGAGGAGUUUAGACCUUUCAUCCGGAGGUUACCAGAAUUUAAAUUUUGGCUGUCUGCAACGAAAGCAAUUGUCGUAGCAAUGUUUUGUACAUUCUUUGAAAUUUUUGAUGUCCCAGUCUUUUGGCCUAUACUUGUUAUGUACUUCAUCAUCCUAUUCAGUCUAACAAUGAAACGGCAAAUAAAGCAUAUGGUGAAGUACAGGUAUCUCCCAUGGAGUCAAGGCAAGACAAAGUACCGUGGCAAAGAAGACACGGGCGAUGUGAUUCGCUAAAAUCUAGAUCUUCAGUAGUAGCCCAUUUCAUAGAUCUCCUGAUAAUCACUGAGCGGAGACAUCUGCUUAGCAAUUUUACUUGGUCACCACCCAACUCUUUAAAUCUGUGUAGUUUUACAUAUGCUUCGGCUGGCUGUCUGUCUGUUUCAUAUUACGUCCUUUUGCGCCUAUAGGCAGGUCUAUGAAAUUGGCAACGUUUAAUGCUUAUUGUUUUUUGUAAAUUUUAUGUGUUUGGCUAAAUCAGGAUAGGAAUCUACACUCUAUCCCACAUAUGUAAAGCCCUGUCAUACUUUAUAGAAAUGAAAAGUUUAUGUAAAUUGAACGGUGUCGCCAGAUAUUCUGUAAAAUGUUUACAAGUUGAGCACUAUUGAACUUCAGCAGAAGUGUUGGCUUGAAUUUGAGAUGUUUGGCAUUUGCAUUUGUGAUUCAGUAUGAACCAGUUAUUACUGUUUUUCUGCAACAGUUCUUAGUUGCAAACAUAGCAUGAAUCGAUAAGUAAGCACCAGUAUGGACUGAGGCACUAAGGACUACCAACACCCUUCUACAAGCCUAUGUUUAAUUGCAACACCAUUUUCAAACACCCCUUGUUUCUGCACCAUCAUUUUCUAACAUCCAUGUGUUCCAACACACCUACAUGUUCCAACACCCAUGUUCAAAUGCCCCUAUGUUCAAACACCCCAUGUUUCAACAUACCAUGUUCCAACACCCCUAUGUUCUAAUACCCCUUUGUUAUAACACCCCAUUAUUCUAACACCCCUUUGUUCCAACACCCCUUUGUUCCAACACCCCAUGUUCCAACACCCCAUGUUCCAAUACCCCUGUUGUAACACCCCUAUGUUCCAACACCCCUUUGUUAUAACACCCCAAUGUUAUAACAUGGUUAUAACACCCCUAUGUUCUAAUACCCCUUUGUUAUAACACCCCAUUAUUCUAACACCCCUUUGUUCCAACACCCCUUUGUUCCAACACCCCAUGUUCCAACACCCCAUGUUCCAAUACCCCUGUUGUAACACCCCUAUGUUCCAACACUCCUUUGUUAUAACACCCCAAUGUUAUAACAUGGUUAUAACACCCCUAUGUUCCAACACCCCUAUGUUCCAAACUCCCACAUGUAUGUUCCGACACACCUAUGUUCUAACAACCCUAAGUUCAAACACCAUUAUGUUUCUACAACCCUAUAAUGGCAUCAGCAUUUUCCAACACUCCUGUGUUCCAACACCCUAUAUUUCAACACCAUCAUUUUCUAACACCCCUAUGUUCCAACAUCCCUAAUUCCAACUCAACUACAUGUGUGUUUCAACACCCUAUGUAUGUUCCAACACCCCUAUGUUCCA